GGAAUCACUCCCUAAACAAGAAGAAGGCUUUAAAUGUAAUCAGUUGAUGACUUCUUCACUAAUAACACUAGAAACUCUAGUCAGUGUAGUGCUGAGAAACAAAGAUGAAUCAUGGGUUGCACAAAUGCUUCAGAGAAGAAGGAAAUUCGGAGUAAGACCCAAGCCAAUUCGAAGAUGUGUGUUUUGUGCUCGGGAACUGAAAAUAAAAUCAGCUCAAGUCAAUGAAGGAUGUGAUUCAGUAGGUCAUUCUAUUUUCAACCUACUCUAGUAUAAGUACUCAUAUUCUAGGUAUUCAAUAGGUCAGUCGAUUUUUAAUAUUACUUGAUACUCACAAUAUACUUUUAAAUGAUGUAGUUUAUAAAUUUAAGUCUACAUUUUUUUCAAAUAAAAAAAAAACAACCUUAAAAUUGUCUCUUUUAUUAGUUCUAACAAACAGUUACUUACCAGUAUGUCAUUAUGAUUUUUAAAUUCCAGCUAGAAAAACUGGUGAAGUUUUUUUCAAGAGACACAAUCUAUGUAUCAGAAAAAGAAAUCAACAUAGAAUUAAAAUACAAAGUAACAGUACAGAACUACUGUGCCAUGAUGAUGAACGUUGCUAAGAAAGAAGUCAUGAUGGAGUUGGAGGACCCACCCAUGGUGCUGUCUACUAAAGUCACCAGGGCGAUGAUUCACAAGCUCUUGGAAGACAUGUUGCCCAAACACACAAGCUUUAAAGACAUGACUGCGGAUGAACUCAGGUUUGCUUUCAUCAAAUUUUAGUGUUUUUAAAGGACCUGGUUAUUUCAGUUAAAACUAAGGACCAAAUUAGGCCGUAUCGGUAUAGAAAUUUUGCCUAAUAGAUAAAUUUUUUACUUUUUAGACGAAUUGGCACUCGAAGGGAGAGAAUCCAGGCUAGACAUGAUCCUACAGCUAAAGCAAGUCAAAGAGAAACUCCUGAAGAGAAGAAACGGAAACAAAUGAUUCAGGUUAGUAUUAGAGACCAUUACAACUCUACAAGUACAAGCUGCACUUUAAAAAUGGAACAAGGUUUUAUAGCAGCAUGAAUAAUAUUUUUUUCUUAAACACAAAUAGCAGAAACUUUGGAUUUUAUAUCUUGAAAGCUAUGUUGAUGUGCACUAAGUAUCCAGUUGACUUCAGAAAGGGGAUGGCAUCUGUUCUUCUCAAAGAGAAGAUGGCGUUGUUCCUUCUCAAUGAGAGGAUGGUGUGGUUUUGGCAGGAUGAAAUCACAAGGCCUGGGAUUUUGUUAUGAAAAUAAGCUAGUUUCCUUCCAACAGAUCCUCACACUUACUCCAAGUUAAUGCUACAUUUUCAAUAUAAAAGUCGCAUUUCUUUAGCAUAAUAGUGAUUGCAUGAAGAAAUUAUUAUUUUUUUUGUGUUGUUACAUUUAAUAAUAACUCAUGUAAAUUUAUAUUAUUAUUAUUGGUUCUAAUAUUUAUGCACAUUUUUUUUGUCUGGCCAGACUGUUUUGGAAGAUUUAGGCAACAAAUGGAGGGUAUCUGUGAAAGAGAAUGAGCUUCAUUAUUGUUCCUUACUGUUGGCCCAAUGUUUGGUACAAGAGAGAAUCUUAGGGUUCUCUCUCUAUUCAGGCCUUAUUAGUCGGGAGCAUGAAAUUAUCUUGGACAACAGCCGUAGUCGACUGGG